AUGUCCUCAUCUGCUGCCCCUACGGCUUCUGUCCCCGACGGAUUUGCCUCGAUGGAAGAGUGGAGAGAAGCACUCACGCGUCCUUGUGUUGACGCCUGGGGAAAUCCGCGAGCAGCAAAUUGUCGUACCACGCGGACUGUCCCGAUUGAAAUCAUGAUGCUCGGCGAUACCAGUAUCUCGACCAAGAAUUGGUGGGUUGACGACAUCUGCCACCCGAUGAACGGCAUGUAUCGGACCUUCACGCAGCCUGGUGUCUCCGGGACAUUCGAUGAGAAGAAGAACCUGUGGUUCACCCUGCCUGAGCCGGCCGGUGGAGAGCGGGGGCUUUACAUCUACUCCCCUCCUGACGGAAAGGAGGACGACAGCAAGGAAAGCUUCGCGGUAUACAUGACCCCAGAGCAAUUCGAGGAAACGCGGGGGAACGAUCCAGGAUCCAGGUCAGUCCUUGUCGGCCCAGUCCUGUCCUACGUCAUCACCGAGAAUGGCAAACAUCGGCUAUCCACCGAGGUGUUCAAGGAGCACGAUGGCGACAAGAAAGGCUAUCAGAAGCCAGACAUUCCCCGAAAAACCUGGCGGGGUGGAUGGAUUUCAGCGGAUGGCUCUCGCCUAAAGUCGAAUGGAGGGGAGAGGCAAGACUCUUACCGCCAUGAGGAGCGCUCAGUGUCGUCGAAGCGCCCGGAUGUCAACGCGUUUGGCGAAGACUCAAUCGGACCUGAUGGACUCCAAACUUACAGCAUGAUGGACGGACGACCACGUGUAGCACGUGCAAUCGGAGACCGUCAAGAAUACAUAGGUCGUCCGACUGCUCGUGGUCGGAUCCCGAGCGUGACGGAUCGUCCGACGUCGGAUCCGAUGGUCCGACUGCCAUAUCCGAUUGCUAGAGUCACUAUGCGAUUGCGAGUGGUAUUGGUUGUGACUGGUGUCACGCUGGACUACAUAAAGAGGAGUAAUUCGAGUCAAAUACAUCCUCACACUGCUGUUGUACAUAUAUCUUCUCCAAAUUCCAACACAACUGAGAGGUUGAGAAUCAAAAAUGGCGCCGGCGCCGCUCUCGGCCCGAGUGACAGAAAUCGCCCGUGCCGGCCAGUGUAG